AUGCAAUAAAAAACAAAUAAUAAAUCUUAAAAUUCAUUUACCCAAAAUUAGGUAUUUGAAAAUUAGUUUUUAAGCUAUUUAAGAUAAUUAGCUUAAGAACAUGAAAGCUUAUACUAAUAAUAACCAUAACUAUUUUAGUCAAAAGAUAUUUCUUGCCUUAAAGAUUAGAUAAUUAAUAAUAUAUACUAUCCUAUUCGAAAAUUAGAAUUCUCAACUAAAGCAGGAAUACAUUAAAUACUAUCAAAAUUUAAAGAGUUUGAUAAUAGAAUAUUAGAAAUUAAAAAGUAAUUGCAUAUUGAUGACCAAGAUGACUUGAAUUAAGAUAAAGAAGUAUAAGAAGCUAGGAGAGAUUACUUUUAAGAUAAUUAAAACAAAGAAUUUUCUAAAGUUCAAUUUGAAAAACCAAAACUUCCAAAAAAGGAAGAAAACGAUAAAAAAGAAAUUGACAUAAAAGAAAAUAAAAAAUUUGAAUAAAUAGAUUCUAAUACUAGUAGCAUUAAUUCUCAAAUUCUAUAACUUACAACAGAAUAAAUAAAUGAAUCCUAAUUUGAUGUGUAUGAUGAGUAAUAAUAAAAAAUAUGUUUUUAUAUGAAAGGAAAAUCUUUAAGUCAACUUUGUGAUUUAAUUAAAUUAGACCAGCUUCUUAAAUCUUAAUAGAAUAAAUUAUAAGAUGUGAAAUUCUUUGUUUUGGCAAUAGAAAAUCUAAAAAAUAGAGCCAAUAUUUAUUCUCUUUAUAGAUAUUUAAUUAGCAUGAAAUGUAAUGUAUUGUUCAUCAAAGAUUAUGAAUAAAAGAAAAAAGAAAAUAAAAAAAAGGUCACAAAAUAAACAAUAAAAAAUUCUGAAGUUUUUGAAAUACUUGAUGAAUCCUAUCAAAUUGCUCUAAAAAAUAUUAAUUUGUAGUCACUUAAAAUAAAGAGCUAACAUUCAAUUAGCUUUGAAGCCUUUUUAUCUGCUAUGACAAAUAUCAACCUUUCUCUUAGUAACAUAUGCUUCUUAGAAUUAAGUAUAAAAAAAAUAGAAGUUGAGCAAUAAUAAAUUUCUACUUUUUUUUAAUGCUUAAAUGAACUUCCUUAUUUAUAGCACUUGGAUAUUUCUGGUUUAAAUAUAACUGAAUAAGAAUCAUUUGAUAAUAUGAAUAAUCUAUUAAAAAAGCUUAAAUAUAUUUAUUUGUCCCUUAGUUAAUUACCUAGUGAAGUGGAUACUAAAUUUGAUUUUGGAAACGCUUAAGCUUUGACUUUAUAUAUUGAUUUGGUCGAAACUCAGCUAACUAAACUAUAAUAGAUAAGCUUAUUUAAUAGCUUAAGUAAAGCAAAAAAUUUGUUUUAUUCAUUAUUAGAUAUAAGUCAUAAAGACAAUAAAGAUAAGGAAUAAAAAAAUGAAGAUCAAAAAGAAGAGAUAAAAAACAACAAAAAUGCAAAGAACGAAAAAAUAAAAAAAGAUAAAAAAGAAAAAUCAAAGAAAAAUUAAAGAUAAAAUCCAGUGAAUUAAGAAGAAAUAAACUAUGAUAAGUAAGAAGAAGAAUUGUUUUAGCUUUUAUCAGAACCUAAUUAACUUGAGAAUUAUUAUGUAAAAAUAAAAUACAACCCAUUUAUUUAUAAAAUUCUCAUGGCAUAACUAAAGAAUGGUAAAAACAUGAGGUAAAUAAAUAUAGACUUUUAAUUAAAAGAUUAAAAAGAAAGUAAAAAUAAAGCUGAUGAAGAGUGUGUCAAAGAUAAAAAACAGAAGCAAGAAAAAUAAAACGAAUAAGAGUGCUUAAAUAUUGAUUUGUAAGAUUUAUUUGAUAUCUUGCAAAACAACUAUAAUAAGCAUUUAGAAGGUGUUAGAAUUGAGCAUGACUGUAUGAAUUUUAAAUAUAGUAAAAUUUUUGAAGAUAUGGAUUAUUUUAAAUUAAAUUUUAACAUACUACCAAUUAGUGAUAAAGAUUUCAAGUAAAUCCUACACUUUUAAAACUAAUUCUCCUUUAAACUUGAAAAACUUAAAUAUAUUAUAGUAUCAUCUCCUUUUGAUUAAGCUAAUCUAGUUCCAAUCGAUUUAUUAUGCUAAUCUUUAAGCAAAUCUCCAUACAUUCAAUCUAUGGAUUUAACUUUUUUUGAUGAUUAUGAUACUAAAAUUUGUAGAGAAAAAUAAAAUUAUAACUAUCCUAGUGUGGAAUUUUUGAAAAGACUUAGCAGUUUAAAGUAUCUUGAUAAUCUGUCUUUAAAUUUUCCUAUUAAUCAAGAUAUUCUCAACUCGUUAGAGUUUCUUUUAAAUAAUCAUUAGAGCAUAAACUAUUUAUAAUUUUCUAGGAAUCUAUAUUACUAUUAGUCUGACACAAACUAUGCUUAGUUUUACUAAGCAUUAAAAAAUUGUAAAUCUUUAAUAUCAAUAAAAUUAGAUUUAUAAAUAGAAAAAAUUAAUAUUUACCAAGAAGUAUCAUUAGAAGACUAUGAGGAUUUAAAAAUUAAUUUAUUCUAUCAACCAUUUAGUGAUUUCAUAGAAUCAGAAAAGGGUAGAGCUGUUUAUAUAAAUUAUUAAGAAGAAGCAUUAAAUUAGAAAAGUGUUGAAAUGAUUCUUAAUUCUUUAGAUAAAUAAAAAGAAACUAUUUACCUAAAAUUAUCAGAAAAACUCCUAAAGUAAAUUUCUAAAUAUAGCAAUUUGAAUAAAAUUCUAAACAGAUGCAUUCAAAAAGGAUAAGUAACAAGUUUUGAAGAAAUAUUUAACUGA